CGCAUAGUUACCUGAUACAACCGCCGCGGCCAACCACUGUGAAGAUACUAGUAGCCCCACUCCAACCUUAUCCCCUUGUUCAUCCAACUCGACAGCAAGACCCGCGACAAACGAUACAGGCCAGCUUGCGGAGGUGAUGAUAGGGGCUACCUGAGCGCACAAUCUUGGGUAAUUCAGAUUGAUACCCACGGUGUAUGAUAUCACGCCACGGCGAUACCCGCCAUGGCCGAUCUCGAGCGGACGGUCCUCGACUUCUACCAGGUCUCGACGCUCAACCCCGUCCAAUGGCCGGCCGAAAAGGACAAUGAGAGCGAUGGUUCUGAAGAUGAGGCCGCCAAGAAAAAGGCAAACAGGAGGAAGUCGAGGUAUCAGGCCCUCGAGCGAGCCGUGGGCAAUAGAAGCAGCGUUGUCCCGGGCUCCGAGAACUCGGGCAACGGCGUGGGCAACCUGGUGCAAAGGGACGAACCAGAUCCCCUGGGCACUACCGACAGCGUGGUACGGACAUUGAAACAUAUGGGGGUCCCGCUGCAGGAUGACGUGAGGCUUCGCAACCGGUUCCUCCUCUCCUCGACGACCUUCUCCCCCGCCCUGUUUCUCUCUCAGAUGCAUGCCACAGCCGAUACGCAGUCCUUGAUCAACGGGCUGGAUGUCCUCUCCAAGUCGAUCGAUCAAAAGUCGGCGUCGCUCAAGGUUCUUGUCGAGUCCAACUUUGAGCGCUUCGUCCGCGCCAAAGCGACCAUCGACAAUGUCUACAAGGAGAUGAAGUAUCGUGGCGCCGAUCCCAACCCUCCGCGCGCCAGGGGCCACUCCCGUCAUGCUAGCAGGAACAGCCUUCGAAGUACCAGCGGUCCGCCGCCCCUGGCUGGCCCGCAUUCACCUGCGACGGACCCUCGCAAGAAAAAUGCGCUCGUAAAGGAGAGCGAGUACGGUGUGCUGGGUGUGAAAGCGCCGCUUCUAGACGUUUCGGCGAAGGCAGAAGAGGUAUGGGGCCCUGCGUUGGGCGGUAGGGAGAAGGAGGAACACCUCAAAACGGUUGCCUCCUCUCUUGACCAAUACAAGGACUAUGUCGAGACGAGCGCAGCAAUAGCCGACAGCAUCAAGCGCAAGGAUUACGAGACUCUGGUCGAGGAGUACACCAGAGCGAGGAAGUUCGCAGAUGAGGCAAAACAACUCGCCGACGAGCUCAAGUCGGCGCAGCCUACCGAUGACCAACUGUACCGGAUUCUUUUGGCAGCGCGGAUGUGGCACGAUGUCGAGGAGCAGAUCCAGGUCCUCAAGCGGGACAUCUGGCGCAGGCUCAUCUCUCCCUACAACGUGGCCAAGGCUGACACCCCGGGGCAACACGGGGGCGACCAACACAUGGAGCUCAUUACCCUCCUCCUGGAGCUCGGCGUCGAGGACAACCCCAUCUGGGUCUGGCUCUUGAGUCGUUACGACUACCUGAAGAGCAAGAUUCAAUCCACGGCUGAACGAUCCAAGGUGGAGAUUGAGAUCCUGCGUCGGCGACUGGCAAACGCCGAGAACCCGAAGCCAGAAACGAUCGCAUCCCAUAUGCGGACACUCGGGAGGCAGACUGUCGAGGUGAUGUCAAAAUCCUUCGAUUCGCCCGACGUCAUUGAACUCUGGGAGAUGAACGUCAGUUUCUUGAACAGCUUGCUCGCUCCUCAGGGCAUCCUGGGCGAGGUGCUCGAGUUCUGGCAAACCGUCCAGGGCUUCAUCGAUGGCAAGACGCAGAAGAGCAUGCCUCUUGGCUAUCACGGAGAGUCCGAGCCUCACCACCGGCUUUCACAGCAGGGUGCUUCGGAUCUUCAAAAGGGCACUGUGGAACUGGUCAGCAUGAUCCGAGAUCACGUCCUCAUGUUUUUUGCCGGCCCCCCGCCGGAGGAUAUCUCGUUGCUCUUCUCCCCAAUGCCACCGCAGUCUCCAGGGACUCCCGGCGCCGCCUCAGCAUCAGGAUCGCUGACGCCGCGAGAUCCUCGCUUUAAUCUUGACCCCAGUAAUCCACCUCCCCCAUCGCCCAAGAGAGGCGAGCCCUGGGAGAAGUUUGCGUUCUGGCCGCCCUGGUCUAAUUCACUCAGCGGAGUGCAUUUUCUCUCCAAGAUGUUAGCACUUGUAGGGAGUGGUGCUUCGGACAUGGCCUCCAUCUCUCCCGUUAGCAGCGGAGAUGCUGCCGAGGUUGAGAAGGUGCGAACGCUCGUUGGUAUCGCCAGGGAGAGAUGCGUGACGGCACUCUGCGCGGCAUGGAACAGGGACGCCGAGAACAUCAAGUACGUGGAAGACUGGAACCGGUCGCCGGACAGCCGGGACGUGACCAGGAUGCCGGCUAGUUUCGCCGCCUUUGAGGGCGCCCUCCUCAGCGGCAUGCAAAAGAUCCUCUACAUAUCCGACGCCAUGUCAAAGCCGGGGGCCGGGGAUAUUGUCACCCCCCCGCCGACAAAACUGCUACAGAUGGUGCGCAGCCAAUACGUAACCACACUCUACAAAGCCCUGAGCGGAAUGGUCGAGAACGCCGAACGCUUCCCCAAGAAAGCCGACGACGAGUGGACAGUAGAGGUUGAUGGUAACGUCUUGGUGAGCAACCCAGCAGUCUCACAGCCUUCAGCGUCGACGCUAGGCGGAGGCACGAUAGACGCAGGCGAUAGAAACGUCCGCAUGCUCCUAACUCUGAGCAAUCUCCAGGCCCUGCGCUCAACCGUGGUCCCGUCCCUCAACACCCAAUUCGAAAACGCCUUCUCCGUCAAGCUCACCGACGAGACCAAAACGAUCCGCGACGUUCUCAGCCAGAUCGACGCCCGCCUCUUCCAGUCCUACACCCGCCCAUCCAUCGAAAACCUCCGCCGCAUCAUCCGCGCGGGCGUCUCCUCGCCGGACUGGUCCCCGCCGCCGGGGGCGAAGCCGCGCUCGGUGCGUCCUUACGUCUACGAGGCCCUGCUCGGCCUCGUCCUCGUGCACACGCAGGUGUCCACGACGGCCGCCUCGCUGACGACCGAGAUCCUCUCGUACCUGCUCGAGCAGGCCUCGCGCGAGCUGUUCGAGGCCUUCAAGACGCGCCCGCGCUACCACCUCGAGGCCCUCAUGCAGGCCACGCUCGACGUCGAGUUCGUCGCCCAGACGCUGAGCCACUACACCACGGACCGCGCCUCGGAGCUGCAGAGCGCCAUCUACCAGGAGCUCGACGGCCGCACCGACAACGACGCGCGCGCCCGCCUGCAGGCCGAGCUGCCCGAGAUGCGGGCCGUCUUGAAGAGGCUGCGGGAGGCGAGCAAGGGCGAGUUUGCUUGCUUUAGGAGGCCGAAGAGAUCGGCGGCGGGGGCAGCCGCCGCCACUGGUGGUGGCGGUGGUGGGGGGGCCGGGCCAGGUCCCGGUUCCGGAGCGGGAUUAGAGAGAAGGGAUACGGGCGGGAGUGUGAGGAGCAAUCGGGUGGUCUGAUCUUUUUUUCCUGGGGCUGGGGGGCUGGGUGCGUUGGUUGAAGCGGGGUUUGCAUGCAACAACACACUAUCAUGGACGGGACGGUCCGUCGUUAAACACAAUUUUAUUUUCCUGUUCGGAUGCCGGACCGUUGUAUCAGACGAUUGGUGUCCGAGUCCGCACCGGGGUAUUGAUUCUAUCACGAAAAAAGAUGGGAAGUC